AUGGGAGUGGCGCCGCUACUCUUUCCCGGGGUUUCGAGCCCCGAUUUUACAAGUAAGAAGGGCACGACAGAGGACACAAUCGGAUGGUCUGUAGGAAUUACAUUUCACAGCAGUUACAACCGACACCUUUGGCUUCGAAGCGUGACCUACGAGGCUCUCCGUUCUCACCACGGGUUGCGUUUAAAACUAACAAACUACAAGACAAGACAGACUGUUGAUUUAUUGCCUUAUUUGAUGUCGUCUUGUCUGGCAAGCAACUCAUCCAUGUCCGGUGUGCAGCAGAGAUACCGCCAGCAACCACUCGCGCCUCUCCUGGGCGAGAAAACGACCAGGUCUCCAACCCAUUCAUGCUUAUCAGCAAAGCCUAGACCAAUCUUUAGUUUCUCGUCGAUGGCAGAUACAGAGACUUCAAGCCGUGACACAGAAGGGUGA